AGGAACAAGGAAGCGAGGCGGCAGCCCUGCCCUCGGCAGAGCGCGGGCAGAAGCAGCCGGAGAAGGGGCCCUCCAGACAUAACAAGACAUUUGAAAGAACACACCAAGAAGAAAAAAAUGGGGGGAAACUUUGGCCAAGACCUAAGUGACCAGAUCAACGAUGCUCUCAGCCGACUGGAGAGCAAGGAGAUGUUCCAGACCCCUUGGGACAUUGCAGCGUUUGCCAUUUUCUUUACUUUCAUUGGUGUGGUUCUCUUGAUGGCCCUCCUUGUGCUCAUCCAGUGUUUUUGCUGCUGCUGUGAUUGCAACUCUUCCCCAUCUUAUGAAAAGGUCCCCAGAAGAAAAGUCGGCAUUGAUAACAAAGGCCUGGAGCCUUAGCCUGCCAUGAUGGAAUGCCUAUGCAACCAGAAGGAAGUGUGUGAUUUGCUGAAUCUUUUUUGUUAUAAAGGAAUUAAUUGUAAAUUGGACAUGGCUAGAGAGGCAGUGUAUGACAGGGGAGCCUCUAGUGGCUUGAAUGCAAAAAUUGUAAUGAUCCUCAGCCUGCAUCUUGCAUUUAUGAGCUGUUUCUAAUCAUGGCAACGAGAUCUCUGCCCACCCUGAGCAGCUGGCACCGGGGCAAGACGCACUCUCCUACCACAUGUAUACAACCAUGGCGGAAAAGGUGUCCAUCUGAACAAAUGCCGUUAGGAAUGGAGUCGGCUUUCAUCUUGUACAAAUUUGGAUUCUGCUCCUCCUCUUCCAGUAGCAUGAGGGCACAGGCCAACGGAGAAGAGCGGUCCAUACGGCUCAGAAGGCCAGCUCUUGCCCGCACAAGCUUGCACCAGCCGAAGAUCUGCCACUCUUUACAGAGCCAAGACAAUUUGUUUUCAUUCUGCUGGGAAAUGUAACCAAAUCACUGUGAAUCUUUAUCCUUGUUUUCUAGCAGCAAUUAGUAUUUAUGUUGAAUAAAUGGGACAUCAGCA